AGAAAGACAUCUAACAAAGCCCAUCAAACUUCCGCCUCGAACUCAUUUCAACCCUUUGUUUUUUUUUCCUUCUCUUUCUUCUUCUCUUUUUUUUUCUAAUUUUUAUUUUUCUCCCCAUCGAAUUAUACAAGUUUGUCAGAAUGACCGAGCCCUCGACGGAGAAACCCUCCGAAGCAACACCCGUCGUCUUCCGCCGCGGCAAAAAGAAGAAGGCGGCCUACCGUCAACGAGACAACGAGGCCGCCACCGACAACAACGACGUCGCAGCGGCGCCCACGACGACGACUGACGCGCCCAUCGGGACCUCGCAGCCCGCCACCGCCUCCGACUCGAGCGCCGCGGCCAACGUCCACAUUAAGAAGGAGGACGGCGACGGCGACAAGGAGCUCGUCGUCGUCGACGAGGAUGAAGACGCGGGUCUGUCGGUGGCUGAGGUGUUGCGGUUGAGGAAUGCGCGCAAGGGCAAGACGCGUGGCGUCGACCUGCGCGCCGACUCGGGGUCGAAACUGGUCGACGAGCAGGCUUCAACGGAGCUGGUGGUCAAGGAGGAGAUGUCCGGCCCUGCGGCCGCCGUGGUUGCGGGCUUGGGCAGGCGAUUCGCGGCUCAGACCGGUUUGGUCGGUGAGCUCGUCAACAGACACAUGGAGGAAUAUAUAGAAUCAGAGUUGGCUAGGCGGAAGCAGGCGAUGGGUAUGGCAACAACAGGGUCUGCGUCUGGCUCAUCAUCCUCAACAACAUCACACGACAGGCGGCAAGAAUCCGACCAGGCGGCCAACUCAUCCGGCGGCACUGGAGGGGGCCUUCUCGCUGAGACGCCGGCGCAGCCCGCCACCCGCGGCAAGCUCCAUGAGGUCGACCUCGGCCAGGAGAUGCGUGAGCGCAACGUCGUCGAGACGGAGCGCGCCGCGAAGCGGCUGAGAGGCGAGGAGGUCGGCGAUGACAGCACAGAGGCGGGCGAGGCCGACAGGGGCAAGCCUGCCAAGCGAAACCGUCGUCCUAGUGAGGACGCACUCCGCGAUAAGAUGGUGGAACAAUUUUUACUCGAAAACAAAAUGGAAAACUAUCAAAUGGAGGAUACCCAAGAACCGGAGGACGGAAGGGCACACGACGCAAGGGUGGCCGAUGAGUUCCGUCGCGAGUUCAUGGAAGCCAUCCACCAGCGCAAUCGUCGCCGACGACCAGCCAUCAACCAACACAAGCGGGCGCCGAAGAGGGACGAGUCGGAGAUCCUCAAGGGACCCAAGCUCGGUGGCAGCAGGAAUUCGAGGGCCGCUAUCCGGGAUAUCUUGUUGAAACAGGCAAACGAGAAGCGGGCGGCGGAACGAUCGUGAACUCCUACUACGACAGGAGGGGGCGAUGUCAAGGAUUGUGCAACAUCUUGAUUUACGUCAUUUUCCUUCGUCGCUGCUAGACGUUUUGACUUUCAUACUGGAUGGUUGCAACUUGGUAAUUUGUUAACAAUAAAUUGAUGAAGCGUUUCGAUUUAAUCACAGAAUAAUCCUGUGAACAAGGGGGACAUGUUGCCAGUCAAGACAUACAAAAUCCGUGCUUCUUUUCAGUGGGCCCAAAAGUGAUCAGAAUGAACUGUUGUUGCGAC